CCUCCCCCCUCAACAACGCAACCAAUCAAAAUCUAGUUCCGCAGAGCCAGCGUGACAGAGGCUGACCGCGUGGAGGGGGGUCGGGAGGGAACAAGGGGUUACCUCCAGGAAGUCGCGGUUGCCAUGGGAACAGGGCCCCGGAAGGACGCUUUACCUUGGCGGCCUAGGGAUAGCGCUGAUGGAACAGAGACUGGGGACGGCGGGGCCGGAGUCCGCAUGCCCCUUCCUGGCGUGGAGCACCGAGGAAGUGGCCCAGUGGGUGGUGCAGCUCGGCUUCCCCCAGUACGAGGAGUGCUUCAGGGCCAACGGCAUCACCGGCCGCCGACUCAUCCUCGUGAACUGCUCCAACCUUCCGGCCAUAGGUGUCAAGGACUUCAGCCACAUGCAGGAGAUUUCACAACAUGUACGAGAGCUGCUAGGGACUGAGGAGCCUGCCUUCAGCAGAUCCAUUGCCCUCCCAUACAGAGACAACAUGGGUCUUUUUCUGGAGCGAAAGUCCUCAUCAGGAAAGAAAGCAGAUGCCCUCACUUUCUCACAGUUUAUCAAAGAAGCAGGACUAGAGCCCUAUACUACAGUUCCUCCUUUGCAACAAGCCCAGACUGGGGUAGAAACAGAUGCCCUCCCUGCAUCACAGGGCACCCAGAGGCAGGAUUAGAGACUCACACUGCACUUGCACCCUUGAAAUAUCAUUCAGUCUGUGAUGGUGGAGCACAUUAUCACCAGCAAGGAAGUAUGAAUAAGUGCUGAUGAAAGCCUGUCUCAGCAGAAAGACUACAUCAUUGUUAUUGUCUCGCAUCAAUGGCUGCCUCAAGAUCCCCCAUGGAAAAAUAAAUUGAAAAGAAAAAAAAAAAAAGAGACCAGCCCCACUCCUGUUUAGUUCUUUGCACCCUGAUUCUGUAGCCACUACAGAAUAACUGUAAUUUGGUUUUGCAUUUCAGCUUUCUAGUGAAACUGCAACAGAAACCCAGUGAAAUGGAAGCAGUUUGUACGCCAAGAUGGCUAGGUAAUAAGCAAAUUCAGACCAAAAUAAGGCAAGACUCGGACAGUUAGAGAGAAACAAGUCUGCUGAGCAGCCUAAAGGGUGAAACUUGUAGAAGCAAAUGUGUACAUUGGGUAUUUGGCUGGAGACACUAAGAGUGAAGAGUGCUGGCUCUUGCAUCCCUCAGUCCUGGGAGGAGGCUGGGAUGAGAUCUCAGCAAUGCUUUCUGAUCUAGGCUUUGUUAGAGUUUAUGAGGGUUUAGAAUAAUAGUUGUUUCCUCUGGGCUUUCUGAGAAAAUGUCGGAAGCAGCUAUGGAGAAUGAAGUCCUCUCAUCCAAUGUCACACCACCCUCUGCUGCAGCUGAAGGAAGAGAUGUCUUGGUGCUGAUAGGCCCACCUUGCUUUGUAGGCCAGUCUCUAAAGGCUGCCCGGUAUAGUAGAGCAAGAUGGCUCUGGACAAGCUUACUCGUUUCCAGCAACUGGCUAAAGGGAGACUCUCUCAGUCGUGCAGCUA